CCCGGAUGUAUUGCAAUAUACUGAACAAGACUGGUUACUCGCAUCAAUGCCUCUGUCUCGUCAUUUAACAUUGAAACAUGGUGUCAGAGUCGGAUAACUAACCAUGCUUUCCGCAAAUUAGAGUCACCUGUUCUGGUUUACCCCCCAAAAAAUGCUUAUUUGAGUAAAACUUCGCCGGACGCCGGAAUUGUCCUUAGCUUGAGUGAGUUUGCUAGUUAGCUUCAGUGUUGUUAGCACCGGUUAGACAUGGUAGCGAACAUUCCCCCUCCCGCCGUUAUGAAGCUCAGCGGAGAUUGGAGCACAAACUGGGAUACGUUUAGAGGUGAAUGGGAGGACUAUGCACUAGCAACUGGACUUCGGGAAAAGGACGAUGAGGUAGUGGCUGCCACUUUGCGGACUAUAAUGGGAACUGAAUGCCGACACGUAUACAAACACAACCUGAACCUAACAGCAGCUCAGCAAGACUGCAGGGUUGGAGAUGCAACAAUGUCCUUGAGAACAGCAGGAAGUGUGCUGGUGGUCUUUCUCUUGUCUGUAGCAGUGUUUCUGGGGCUGAAUGGCUGGAGUGUGACAUACACCACACAGAGUAUUUGUGCCUUGAAGGGGUCAACAGUGAAGCUGACCUGUUCUUACACAUAUCGCAUUGGUCAUAAAGUCACAACAACCUUCUGGUUCACUAAAUGGGGGACUAGUGCAGAACCUGAAGAUCUGGGUCGGGACCCAGAGUAUGCAGGUCGUCUGGAGUAUCAUGGGGAUAAGGAGAAAGACUGUACCCUGAGAAUCAAAGACCUGAGAGAGAGAGACUCAGCUGAGUAUAAGUUCAGAUUUAAAACAGAUCAGAACGGGAAAUAUAUUGGCAGUCCUGGAGUCACUCUGUCUGUCACAGGUCUUCAGGUGAAGGUGACUGGUGGACAUCAGGAUAAGACACUGACCUGUAUCACCACCUGUACUCUGACUGGUAACCCCACCUACAUCUGGUACAAGAACGGACACAAAGUAAAGGAGGACACUUCCAGCCUGUACUCAGACUACUUUAGUGAUGCAGACAGUUACUCCUGUGCUGUAAAAGGCCGUGAGGAUCUCCACUCUCCUGCAGUGUGUCAGAAGUGUUGGAGUGUGACUUACACCCGUCAGAGUAUCUGUGCUAUGAAGGGGUCAACAGUGGACAUACUCUGCUCUUACACAUAUCCCAGUUAUCAUGAGAUCAAAAAAGCUUUCUGGUUUACUAAAUGGGAGUCUGGUAAGGAUCCUGAAGAUCUGAGCUCAGUGCCAGGGUAUGAGGGUCAUAUAGAGUACCUUGGGGAUAAGGAGAGUGACUGUACCCUGAGAAUCCCAGACCUGAGAUUGAGUGACUCUGCUGGGUACAGGUUCAGAUUCAUAACAUCUGGAGAAAGGUUUGCUGGCUCACCUGUCUCCCUGACUGUCACAGAUGUUGUGUUGGAGAUGGAUCCUACAUCUGUGUCAGAGAGGGAGAAUGUCACACUGACAUGUAGAACCAAAUGUACACUGGACCCCAUCACAGCCUACAGUUGGUAUAAGAAUGGACAGCCUAUACCAAACAGCAACACCUACUCUCCUGUCUAUAGCCUAUUCUCAGUCAGCAGUGAGGAUACAGGCAGAUACUCCUGUGCUGUAGAAGGCCAUGAGGAUCUCCCCUCUGCUGAAGAGACUCUCACUGUCACAUAUAGCCCAAGGAACACCUCAGUGUCAGUCAGUCCCUCUGGUGAAAUACUGGAGGGCAGUUCAGUGACUCUGACCUGCAGCAGUGAUGCCAACCCACCUGUGGACAAAUACACCUGGUACAAGAAGAAUGUAGCCUCACCAAAAGCAUCAGGACAGAGUUACAGCAUCACUAACAUCAGCUCUGAGGACAGAGGAGAAUACUACUGUGAGACCCAGAAUGGAAGAGGAUCUAUGAACUCUACAGCUCUGAUGAUCAUUGUAGCAGGGAAACAAACCUCAAUUUUGACUGCAGCUGUAGGAAUCAAAGUUGUUGUUCUGGUUCUCAUCCUCUGUCUCUCUGGCUUCAUGUGGUUCAGAGAGUCCGUCCUGACAGUGACACGUACACAGCUCUGAACAUGAGGACCAGGUCACCAGAGUAUGACACCCUGGCAGUAAGUGUGUGUAUAUAAAAUGUUUAGUGGGAGUGCUACUUCAGUAUGUCUUCUUUCAGAAUGUGAGGGGAAUCACCCACUGAAGUGAAGCACCACAGAACCUGGACUGAAGAGAAGCACCACAUAACCUGGACUGAAGAGAAGCACCACAGAACCUGGACUGAAGAGAAGCACCACACAAUCUGGACUGAAGAGAAGCACCACAGAACCUGGACUGAAGAGAAGCACCACAUAACCUGGACUGAAGAGAAGCACCACAGAACCUGGACUGAAGAGAAGCACCACAUAACCUGGACUGAAGAGAAGCACCACAGAACCUGGACUGAAGAGAAGCACCACAGAACCUGGACUGAAGAGAAGCACCACACAAUCUGGACUGAAGGUUCGAAUACAAAACUAGUCCUUACACCUCUAUUCUAUUGCUGCCAUAUCUACAAGUUUUUCCAGACCAUGAACUUUAACUUUUGAGUAAAUGCUGGAAUAUAUAUUUUCUUUUCUUAUAAUGAUAAUUAUGUAUAUUGAUGAUAAAUGGGAUAUUGCCAUAUACAGAUGUUUUAUAACAUCAAUAGUCCUACUUUCCUCAGCAACUAAUAUGGAUAAUAUUGAUAACAGCUUUUUAAUAUUUUUAGCUCUUGGGUCAAGUUUCUCCUGAAGUGGUUGAUGAUGAUUUACUUUGUAUUGCUGUCAGAUAUUAUUAGUAAUUUGAUAAUACGUAAUACCAUGUUGUUCAGUGUCAUGAUAUUUUUUUAUAAAAAUACAUGUAAUCAGUACAUUACAUACAUUUAAACAUGUGCAGUUUUUACUUUGUAUUGCUGUCAGACAUUAUUGCAUAUUUUAAAUGAAUUAUUAUUUUAUUUUAGGUUUUACCAUAUUGUUCAUUUUACAUUACAUGUUUACCUUUUCAGUUUAUACAGGAUAAACAUCAUAUAAGCUUCAUGUUGUAAAUAAGCUAAAAGUUUAAGACAAUAAAUACAUUCAUUAGUUGAUUAACUAUUAAUACAUUGAUCCAUAACUAUUUCCACUCUGCUGUUGUUUCUUGUAUUUCUGCCUAUUGGACACAUGAUGUCACCAUUGAACAGAUCAACACCCAGCACUGAUCCUCACCAGUUACAUUCACUGGUCAGCUGUUUGUUAACCUAAUAACCCAUCUCCAACCACCCCACUAUAUAAAGUGAAGAUCUGAGGUCCACACCCAACCCUAGCCUACAAAUGUAGAAAUGUUCUAUAGGCUACAGUCAAAGACGGCAGAAUUAUUUUUCGAAUAAUUUAGACAUAUUUCUACUUGUAAUUUCCGAUAUUUUGGUUGGCUAUUUGUUAGUCAACUUGUCUAUAAUUUCUAAAAACAUGCAGUGGCGACACGUCAUUCAAGGCAGCUGAGGCAGAGAUAAAUCUGUUUUGAGCCCCACCUGGUUAGCUUUUUUGUUGUUGCUUGUUUUGAAUGGUAUUUUGGCAUUAAUACGUGUCACAUAUCAGUUUGCAAACAAAGUUUAAAAAAAUAAAGCAUUGCAUUAAUAAAGUUGAAUACAAACAUG